AGAAAAUCAUAAUGGCUAUCAUCCACUUCAUCAACUCAAUCACAAUCCAUCACCGUCAUCAUCCAAUUCUGAUAACAAUGUAUUGAGAUACAUUUCCACAAUUCUCUUUUGGUCUCAAGCAUUCUUGCUUUGAACGAUUUUAUUCAAAAGAAUGGCUGCUAUCGCUCAUCCUCGUAUUCCGGAUUCGCCUUCUCAAUUGGCCGAUUCUUUGGCCAAUAUUCGAUUAGAGGAUAUCAAUAAUGGUGGCGAUGAAAGCAUAAGAGUACAAAAUGAUUCAAGUACUACAUUCACCGCAAUCGAUGAAGCAAAUAGUCAUACAGCUCCUUCCCCUGGUAAUUCUGGCAAUCCAUCAACCACUUCAGCGAGUCCGGCAGUCGUUGCAGAGAACCUAAAAAGGAUCUCCUCAGGACUUGAGGCCAUACGUGAACAGCUCUUCGUCAUUCAAGAAAAGAGACAUGCUGGUAUAUUUGCAGCAGUAACAGAAGAUGUAGGAUCAAAUUCUUUCAAUGAUUCUACAAGUACACCUACAAAAGAGAAUAAAUCACAAAGAGAGAAAAGUCUUGUCUUGGACGUGGAGAUGGCGAAAUUGAAUGGUCUAAUGGAGGACGUCUCGAAUCGACUUACGACAGCAGAGAAACAACUGCAACAAGUGGAUGCAAAUGGUCGAUCUCCAACCUUGCAGCGUAGGGGUAGCUUAGCAAGCUUGAAUAGUCUCAGCAGUCUAGACAGCUUUGACGAUGCUUUUGGCGUUGAGACCAUAGGUUUGUCCAAGAAGCCAGAAGUGCUGAAGAAACAGUAUGCAGAAUUGCUGCAACAUUGGGAUACACUUCAAAAGGAAGCAAAAACGCUAGAGGAAGAACUGGGAGGCGACAAGUACCUUCGUGUAUUCAAUUCGAUUGGCGAUCAGAUGGAAGAAAUGAUGGACAGUUUAGACAAGGCCUUGGCUAGCUGUCACGAUUUCGUUUUUGCCUUUAACAGAGAUAAUGGAGCUCAGCACAUGGAAGUAGAAAAUGAAAAUGUUCUCUCUCAAUCCACUUGGAGGACAAAUGAAGAACGACUUGCAGCCUUACAAACAGUCAAACGUAGCUUCAAUGUGAAGCGAACAUCCUACGGUCCCGCAUGCGAGCAGAUGUUUAGCUCGUUGGAAAGGGGUGUGAAGCAACAUUCAACUCGAAAUGGUACAAUUCUUAGGCGGUAUAUGGAAUUGAAGACGAGAUGGCGCAGUCUGCGUGAGAGGGUGUCAAAGAUGGACAAAGAGUUGAAGCGAAUCGAGACACAAUUGAUGGAGUUUGAUGCAAAUGCGAGUCAGGACAUCGAAAGUUUAGCUGUUGCUACGCCUCCCCGUAGACCAUUGUCUCGUCUUAAUCCAAGCACUCAUUCUCCUGCCGUGCAGACGAACAGAUAUCAAUCAAUCAAUCAUGAUCGCUCUCCCUCCAUUGGGUGGUCACCAUCUACAUCAAAUCAAGUUGGAGAUCUUUCAAUGCCUCUGACGCACAAUCGGUCUCCCUCUGCGAGCGUCUUGCAAAGGCCUUCAUCGUCGUUAAGUCAACGUACAGAUGACACAAAUGUCAGUCAGAGCCGAAUUCCUCGUUUGAUGUCAGCAGGCAAACGAAUUAUAGGCGCUGCUUCCAGGCGUUCUUCCAAUGUAGGAGAAGAAAGGCCAUCUUCGGCUCUUUCGUUCACGUCUAAUUCAAGUGCUUUAUUCGGUAAAAGUCCAAAUUCGUCCAAAUUUCGAUCAAAUCCUACCGGUCCAGAUUCUUCACCUCCUGUCAGCUUUUCACGUCGAAAAGAACAUGAGACGAAUUUGCGAAAUAGUAUGCAAACGCCGGAGCCAACGAUCAUGGCCCGAGUUCAAAGGAUGAGCUUGUUUGGGGGAGGAUCGGGAACAGGUCAAAACACUAGCCGGAGAAGCAGUCGUCCUCCUCCUGUGAGAUAUAGUGCCAAUCGAGUGGCCGCAGCUGCUGAACACCAGAUGAGCAAAUCACCCUCUUCUUCGUCUUUGUCAGCCACUGCUACAUCAAACGCAGCCAUCUCUGCUCGUACAAGCCCGCAACAAACGGUUAAAACAUUGAACGUCAGUAGGAGACAGUCUUCCUUGUUCAGCAACAACAAUGACGGUCGAACGACUCCUUUAUCGGCAGCAGCUUUAGCAAAAGUUCCGUAUGCUUCUGCUCAUAUGAACGGAGAAUCAACUCCUGGUCAAUAUCAUGUGAUGUCAUCUUCUCCUUCAUCUUCAUACAUUGGCGGAGGAACCACGUAUAGCACAGGUGAUGGUGCAUCAAGCGUAAGCAAUUAUCGAACAAAGAGAUCUUCAAUGAUCAGCUCGCAAUUCGUCAGUCAGAUACCUAAACCACCUAGUAUCACAUCGGGUCGUGAAACGCCUACAUAUAGUGAUGGAGGAAACAGUAGCGUUUGGGAAGGUACACUUUAUGGUGCUAGACCCUCUUCUCGUUUAACUGCUGGCUAUGGCGGUCGAUAUAGCGGAUCAGUAAAGAGAGGAUUUGAUGCAUACAAGCCCAAUCCGAAUGAUGCGAUCGAUGUUGAAGUGGCAAGAGUGGUCAAUUCGCUUGGUGUGAGGAUCGAACGUGUUGAUCCACCUUUACCACGUGGCGUGAAGGAAUUGAAUCCAAGUAGUACAACUUUGGUACGUUAUCAAGUUGGAACAAAGGUAAUUGUUUGCAAAUUAUUACAAUUACAUCGUCCCAAUAGCACAAUGAUGAAUUCUUCAUACGAUUCUGAUCCAGCUUCCAAUAAAGCCAAAAAGGUGUUAACACGUGUUGGAGGUGGUUGGAUCGAUUUGGAGCAAUAUCUCUUGAGUCGUUUGGGAACGAUGUGAUAGGAAAGUUAACAAUUUAACCUCUAUGCUUUGUCAAUCAUGCUUUCCAUGAUAUCUUAUUCUACUUGUACCAUAGAUUGACUUUACAUGUUUAUAUAUUGUUGUAAAUAUCCUGGAGAUAAGCACCAAUGAUAUCCCGAUUACCUCAUUACAAUGCAUUGCAAUGAUCCUCAGGAAGCACCAUACUGAGAAUCUAGAGGGAGUCUGUUGGAGUAUUGCGAACGCCUAACGCCUUGCACGUGGGCAGGCGUCACUAGGCUGUAUCACGCCCGUACGCCUAUGCGCCUCCAAGGCUGACGAUCCAUUGCUCUGGUACGCUUAGCCCAAAUGAAAGAUAUAAAUACUCC